AGAUUCCUAAAUAUGCCGGUAGAUAUGUCUCAAUCCUCACGUGGUGUAUACACUUAACAUUAUAUAUAUUAUCUUUUGUAAUCCUUGAAGUUUUGUAAAUAUCACAGAGUGAUGGAAGAAGAUUGUGGUGCUUUUGUAGCAGACUGUGUUGUCCUGACAUGUUGCUGCCAAUGUCUUGUGUUACAAGUCACUGGGUUUGUCUUCUUCAAGAUUCCUCUGAAACUUGUUAAGAAGGUGAAGAAGUUAGUGAAGAGAAGAUGUGGAAAGACCUUGCAACCAAGGAUGGAGGAAGAUGUUGUCAAAGAAGAGCACUGGUGUGGAAAUGGGUUUGAAUUUGAAGAAGGCUCAUCAAGAUUUAAUUGCAUUGAAGACAUUGAGGAAAUGUUGCAAGAACUGUCUAUGAACAAAGAGUUUGUGUUUGGAAGCUACUGGCGCCAUGAAGAUACUUGACAUUCUAGAUGUCAAAUAGCAGCAGAAAAAAAAACAGAGAUCAGUGAUCUCAUCUUUUUUGUUUAAAUUCAUGUUAUAGUGUUAUUGAUAACGAAUAAAGAAGCUUAAGGAGACGGAUUCAAACAUCUAUCUUGAAAGACAAGAAGAAGUGAUAGGUAGCUAAGACAAGGCUGUAA